CUCAACGCAUAAUUCGGCUGAAUGAAAUCCUGCACGCGGAGCUUUCGCUAAAAACGUCUGCCAGAGUUUUGCGCCAAAAACUACAAGACAUUCGAUUAAGCUACUCGACACUUCAGAUAUUCACAAAGGAAGUAAAUAAUUCGUUUGCCCUCUCACUGGUGUUGGUGUACAUUGGAUCCUUCACAAACUUGUCGGUUAAUCUUUUCCUGUUGUACAAAUACUUGGACGAUGCGUCUAACUCCACAUUUUCAUGGAUUAUGUACUCGUUGGUUUGGACAAGCAUGCAUAUUGGCAAAAUGUUCUGCAUACUUUAUUUUAAUUAUGGUGUACAGAGUCAGAAAAACAGUACAGCAUUAAUAAUGAAUGAAAUAGAAGGACAGAACUCGGAAAUGGAAGAAACGAUAACACACUUCAUAUUGCAAUUGAUUAUAAAUACGAGAACUAAUGUUGUUUGUGGUGUGGUAGAAUUAAAUAUGAACUUUAUCACAUCACUACUUGUCGGCACCUCCACCAUAUUCAUAUUCCUACUACAGUACGACAUCACCUAUGAGGCGCUCACACAAACUCACAAAUCAGGUAGUCGCAGUCAAAUGGAGUAA